AUGCCGUCUCUGUCGGAGCAGCUGCAGGAGGAGCGGAGUCGGGCUGAAGUGGGUCUGUACUCUGGGGGCAGGGUGGUGGAGGUGCGGGCUGGGGUGAUGGCUAUGGCUAACCUGCCUUUACCGCCCUGCUCCAAAUACCGCCACAUUGCUGCAGAGACCAUGGUCAUAGAAAACAGCUUUGGCAGCAACAGAAAGGAGACCCUUGCAUCUCUCCAGCGCUUGUCAACAGCACUGAACAUCCUGGAAAAGUAUGGCUGUAACUUGACAAAUCCCAACAGACCGAAGUUCUGGAGGACUGUGAAACACAACAACCCAGUGUUCCGGGCCACUGUUGAUGCUGUUCAGGGAGGACGAGCAGUGCUCUGUCUCUAUGGUUACUCCAAUCAGCAGCCAGAUGGGCUCAGCUUCCCUGAUGAUGUCACAGAUCCUGAUGUGGGCCAAGUUGCUGCAGUAACACUAGAAGUGAUGAGUCUGAGGAUGGAACUAGAAAUGCUUAUCAAGGAGGCUCACCCUCACCCUGAGUUCUAUGAAAGAAUCAUUCCUACACUGAGACACAAGGAUAUUGGUCUCAAUACUGAUGCUGUGGUCUACCACUCCUCCUCCACUUCAUACCACUCAGAUGGUCAGACCAAGUCUCUAGCCUUCCCCCUCCACCAUCACUCUUCCAGGGAGAGCAGCCAUGGCCAUAUCCUGUCCUCUAACCACCAAAGUCUCAGGUCCAUUCAGGUCUUUUCCACAUCAUCAAACAAGCUUCCAGAGAACUGCACUAUCUGUGGAAUAUUCCGAAUCUCUGCCCACUGCCUCACCUGCCUCCAGGGUCUCUGCUCAGAAUGUGACAGACUGUACCACUCUUACCCUGAGAGGACCAACCACCGCCGAACAGCUGUUACAUCAUCAUCAUCAUCCAAAAACAGGAGCAGACACAGUUCUUCCACCUGGUGUUGCCCUCACUGCACUAAACUCAACUCUAUCCAGUAUGUGCUGUGUGAGGAGUGUGAGCGCCCUCGCUUGGAAUCCAUCGGCUCUAAAACAGAUGAAUCUUAUCCUGCCACCAUCACUGAGUGGCACUGUAAGAGCUGUACCAUGGUGAACGCUGUCAGCAGUAUUCUGUGUGAGGUGUGUGAAAGACCUCGUUUGGCCACACGACCUCCAGUGACCACGUCACACCCACCCAUCACCCCCCCCAGACCACCAGCACCAGUACUAGGCAUGCCUGGUGACCCUGACAGCCAGUGGGUGUGUCAGUUCUGUACCUAUCUGAACUACUCUCCUGCUACAAUGUGUGAGAUGUGUGACCUGGCUCGUCCAGAGCCCGCACCCUUGCCAGUGAAGCUCCGCCCUCCUUCUCCUGUCAGACGUGUCCCCGCCCUGCCAAUCAAACCCAAAGAGCCCGCCCCUGAAGACCAGGACUGUUGGAGGCAGAAGCUGAUGAAGGAGGAAGGGCUGAAGCUGAUUCAACUGAUUAGAGAUGGGGAGAAGAAAGGAGUAAGUCCAGAAGAAGUGUACACAAGCAUGAGAGUAGCUGGGGACAGCAGCAUCCUGCCCUGCAAGUGGUUAAAGACAGAGCUUCCUCUGCUGUUGGACCAGAUCAGGAUGUUGGUUGCGACUUCUUCCCUUCAGUCUGUUUCUGACAUUACCACAACAGAGCGCAUAAACAGGUCAUGUGAAGCUCCUGCUGAGGGUGCUGGGAAAGAGGUUUACCCUGCACAAACAGAAAGUGUGGUCCAGCUGUCCAGAGCCGAGGUCAAGCAAGCCUGGCUGACAGCAGGGGGUGACACUGAGAGAACUGCCAGACAAGCUCUAAGAGACAGGCUCGGCAAGGUAAAGGAGCUGUGUGCACUGGGCUUCAGUGAUGAGGCUCGCUGCCAUGAGGUUUUGAGACAGAGUGGUGGUGAAGUGAGAGGGUCCCUGGCCCUACUGCAGCGACCCCUUCUGGAGCCCUUCCACAACCGUAUUUGGAGUGACAAGCCCGAACCUUCUGUAGACACCCAUCACCCUGACAAACAGCGGAUAUGUCGGAGGUUACUAGCGGUGUACGAUCUCCCUAGCUGGGGUCGCUGUGAACUGGCGUUAUCACUGCUUCUGGAGCACAGCGCCCCCUAUUCACUGGAGGAUGUAGUGCAGGCUGUACGAGAGUCCCACGACAGGGAAUUUAUCAAGAGAGUGCUAGCUAAAGAGUGUCCCAUCUGCCUCUCUGUCUUCCCCCACAGCAAGAUGCAGUCUCUGACAUCAUGCCAGUGUUCAGUUUGCUGUGGUUGUUUCCAGCAGCAUUUCACCAUCGCUGUAAGGGACAAACACAUCAGGGACAUGGUGUGUCCAGUCUGUUGGGAGCCCAACAUCAACGACCCUGAACACCUCAACAGCUACUUCUCCACCCUGGACAUCCAGCUGCGAGAGUGUCUGGAGCCAGAAGUCUAUGAGCUGUUCCAUAAGAAGCUGACAGAGCAAGCUCUAAUCAAGGACCCCAAGUUCCUCUGGUGCUGUCAUUGUUCAUAUGGGUUUAUCUAUGAUGGAGACCAGCUGAAGGUUACCUGUUUUCAGUGUCGUAACAGUUUCUGUGCUCAGUGUAAAAAGCCUUGGGAGUCUCAGCAUGCAGGUCUGUCCUGUGAACAGUACCAGUCAUGGAAGAGAGAGAACGAUCCAGAGUAUCAGAGGCAGGGUCUGGCUGGAUACCUCAGAGACAACGGCAUCACCUGUCCUAACUGCCGCUUUCAGUAUGCGCUGUCUAAAGGAGGCUGUAUGCAUUUCUGCUGCUCACAGUGUCGUUACCAGUUCUGCAGUGGCUGCAACAACCCUUUUCACACUACCUGUGCAGUGGACGAGUGUAGUGUGUCUGGACUACAUGCCCAUCAUCCCAGAGACUGCCUCUUCUAUCUGAGAGACUGGGAACCAUGUAGACUGCAGGCUUUACUUCAGAAUAAUGAAGUGGCCUUCAACACUGAACCCCCUCCAGGAACACAGACAGGUCUGUGUGGAGUCAUAGAGCAGAAGGAUGAGGGAGGGCAACAGCCAGAUUCCGCCUGUGGAGCUCAGACCCAACAUGGACAUGCUGGACUCUGCGAGAAGCAUUACCGGGAGUACCUGGUCAGCCUGAUCAACAGCAACUCUAUCGACCCUGCCCCUCUCUACAGCUCCAACGAGCUGCUGUUGGCCUGCAGGAGGUACAAGGUGGACGACAUCCCCAGGGACGCCGAGGAUGGCUUCAGCUACUAUAGCAGACUGCUUGAGAAACUGAUGGAUGAAAUACCACUUGGCGACAAGGUGCCACGCAAGAAAUAAUGAAUGCCUCGCUUCUGGUUACUUGUUUCCUGCACUUGUGAUCAUGUCAACCUUUCAACUUAAAACUCAGCUACAAGCUACAAAUGUUAUCUCAUGUUCCUAUGAUUGUGUAAAUAUAGGAUAGUGUCAUUUCUAAGAUAACAACAGUCUCUGGGCAGUGUUUUUGUGUGCCAUUUUCUAAAAUGCUGCUUUUAAUUAGCAAUUGUCCCAGAGAGCAGAACAUGACUAUAGUGUUUAAAUGCUGUUGGUUUCAGCUGAGAAGUUAAAUCAUCUAAAUUAAAAGCCCAGGAAAAAACUGUGUUGUGAACACAGCUCCACACCAUCAGGGGCCUGUAUCAACUUUGCUCUCAAACUCUCUAUGGGUUACCUGUCUCCACUGAGUCUAAAAUCAGUGAUGCUGAAAACCGGUAUCGUGAAGUUGGUUAUCAACUGGCUCAGUUAACUCUAGUUUACUGAUCCACCUGUGGGACAUUCACAUUAAAGAGGCAUCGCUCUUAAAUACAAGCCAAUCACAUCCAACAUCAACAGAAAAGGGCAGUUUAUUUAAGAUGAAACCCUGGGAAUUAGGCAGCUGCAUAAAGUAAUAUUCAUCAGUUUAAAAAUUGACAGAAUAAUCACACACCUAGUAUAAAUUAAGGAGGAAUAUAAGAAGUAGAAAAAAAAAUAUUUAGAUAUUAAGUCAAUAAUAAUUGUUUUUGUUUUUUGUUUUUUUUGUUUGUUUCUUUGCUUGUUUUCAACAUAAUGAAACAGUUAUCACAACUAAGUGCAAUACACCUAGUUACUCAGUAACUAUAUCGUUAGACAAUGUGUUUCUGAGGUGUUGGGGGCUGAGUACAAUAACUUCAGUUUUGUCUGAGUUUAACAGCAGAAAGUUGCUGGUCAUCCAGGUCUUUGUGUCCUUAAGACAUGCUUGAAGUUUAGCUAACUGAUUGGUUUCAUUGGGCUUCAUUGACAAGUACAGUUGGGAUUCAACAGUAUAUAAAUGGAAGUUUAUGGAGUGUUUCCUAAUAAUAUUGCCUAAAGGAAGCAUAUAUAAGGUGAAUAGAACUUGUCCAAGCACAGAACCUAACGGAACUCCGUGACUAACUUUUGAGUAUGUGGUGGAUUUAUCUUUAACGUGCAAAAACUGAAAUCGAUCUGACAAAUAGGACCUAAACCAGCUUAGAGUUGUUCCUUUAAAGCCAAUUAAAUGCUCCAGU